AUGUGGGGACUUUCCGCUCUUUCGAAGCCCAGAAUCAACGUGGGCCAAUUCCUACAGAGCAUCAGAAACUCGUCCUACUUGGGCCAGCUCCAGCACCAAGAAGGCGCCGUCAAAGGCUACAAAAGACUCGGAAGAGGUCCAGCCUCCGGAAAGGGUAAGACCUCCGGUAGAGGUCAGAAGGGUCAGAAGGCCCGUGGCUCUGUUCCGUUCUUAUUCGAGGGUGGUCAAACUCCGUUCUUCAAGCGGUUUCCUAUUGUGGGUUUCAAGAGACCUCAUGCCAAAGAAUACAACUUCCUCUCCAUGAAGAGAAUCCAGGAUUUCUGGGACAACAAGAGAAUCCCCUUGGAGGCUGGCCAGACCUUGACGAUCCGUGUCAUGCGUGAGUGCGGCUUGAUCUCGGGAACCAUGAAGGAUGGUGUUAAGUUGAUGGGCUAUGGUGGAGAAGAGUACACUGUGCCGCUUAAUAUCGAAGCUUCCAAGGCGACCGAGUUUGCUAUUGAGAGCGUCCAAAACACGGGCCAUGCCUACACCAGUGUUUACCACACCAAGUUGGGCUUGAAGGCACACUUGAACCCAGACUACUACCUCUUAAAAAAGGGCUACGUUCCAUUGCAGGCACGCCCAACGCACAAGAAGGAUGUUGCUUACUACUCCAACCCAGACAAGUACGGAUACUUGUUGAAGGACCCAGACAUGUUCUUGGAGAAGAUCAGUGUUGGAAAACAAUCCAGAAUCACAAAGGAGGUCAAGAAGUCUUCCUUGGAGAGAAUGUUGGAGGGUGCAAGCAAAAAGGUCCACGGUGACUUUUCCCAGUCGGCCAUUGUCGACGUCUCGAGCUUUGCUUAG